AUGUUCUAUACACUUGUCAAUCUUUUUUCUUAUGCCGAUCCUGAAGAACGUUUUAACGACUUGCAAACAAAAUUACAAGAACUUGACGUUCUUCAUCAAUCACCAAACGAAUUUUUUCGUACAACAACUCCAUCAUCACGUGAUAGUGGUGUUCCAAUUCGAUCAUCAUCAUCGUGUUGUUCAUUAACAUCAGAAAGUACAAGUACACCAAAAAGUUCUCUUGAAUUUCCAUUUGAUCGAUUAACAUCACAAUCUCCACAAACAAGUGUUCUACAUUUUUUUCUUCAUCCACCAAUUGAUUAUAAUCAUCGUCACGUUAGUGUUCAUUUAGACGAAGAAUCUACAGAUAUGUCUUAUGUUCAUGAUACUAUUCCACGUCAUCAAUCACAUGGACGUAGUGUUCAUUGGAAUGAUGAACAAUCAUCUCUUUCUCCUUCACGUCGUUCAACAAGCCAACAUAUAUUACAACAAGAAAAUCAACAUUAUUAUAAAUCUGAUACAAAUAUUAUAAAAAAACAUGGUCAACGAAUAUCACUUAAUGCUAGUUUACCAUAUGAUUCUAAGUUGAAUAUUCGUAUUCAUGCUGAUCGAACACGUGAUGAUAAUAAUAAUAAUAAUAAUAUCAAUAAUAUUAAUCAAGUUAAAACAACAGCUACUAUUGAACCAUUAAAUAAUAUUCAACAUGAACAAGAACAUUUUGAUACAUUACGAAGAAAUUAUCUUGAACAUUAUUCAACAGCAUCACCUAAUGAAAGUUUAAUAACAACAACAACAACAAGAACAAAUUCACCAAUACAACAACGAGAAUCACGACGUGAUCAAUUACCACGUCAUCGUCAAGUUUCAUUACCCGUUUCAUUACCAAUUGAUCAACGACUUUACUUAUAUAUUCGAAAUGGUGAAGUUCUUGCUAGAUGUUAG